AUGUUGGGGGGUGUGUGUUGUGUGGUGUUUGUGGGGUUUGGGGGUUGGUUUUUUGUGGUGGUGGGGGGGGGGGGUUUUUUUUGGGGGGGGGGGUUGGUUUGGGGGGGUUGGGGGGGGGGUGGGGGGGGGGGGGGGUUUGUGUGGGUGUGGGUGGGGUGGGUGGGUUGGGGUGUGUUUUUUAUUGAACACACACAACUCGACUUGACAAAUAAAGGGGGGGGGGGGGUUGGGGGGGGGGGGGAGGGGGGGAGGGGGGGAGUGAGGGGGGGGAGGGGGGGGGGGGUAGGGGGGGGGGGGGAGGGGGGGAUUUGGGGGUGGGUGGUGUUGUUGGGGGGGGGGGGGGGGGGGGUGGUGGGGGGGGGGUGGGGGGGGGGGCUUGGGGGCGUGGGGGGGAGGGGUGGAGUUUGA